UAUAGUUUGUUCUUUUUAUAUGAUUUAAUGGGUAAUUAUAUUAUUAAUUAAAUAAAAUAACAAUGGGUAAACGAAAGUAUAGCCCUGAAGAAGAGGGCGCGGUCAAGAAGGUUAGAACCACAGAACACAGUGAAGGAAUCGUAAAUGGUGUUAUUGAAACGGACCAACCUAAAAAUCAGCAACAUGUUGAAGAGAAAAGGAAAAAAUCCCAAAAAAUAGGCGGUUUUGAUAUCAAACACUUUCGUAAAGAACUUGCUUCGAAAACUGGACAAACUAUGGCAUUGACACAGUUUUUACAAGUCUGUCUGAAUCCUGACAAUGAAAUUGAUUAUCUAUUGGAAUAUUUAAAAUCUGGUGGCAAUUCUCAUGAAAUUCUCCGUCAUGUGAACCAGGAAAGUAAGAAAAACCUAGCCCUUGCAACGCCAGCAUUCCAUCUUUUCCACCUCAUCAUCCUCAAAGUCCAAGCAUCAUUACCGCAUAUGAUUGCUAUAACAGAAGAAGCAAGCAGAUACUUCCUAAAUAACUUUGUUUCAACAUUGGAAAUAAUGAUUAGUGAGAACUCUGGACCUCGACAUAGGAAAAUAGUUCUUAAGCUGUUGACAUCAAUGGUCACUUUAAAUCCAGAUCUGGGUAUAGAAGUCCUGAGUCAAGCCCCAUUGACACCUAAACACCUGCAAUAUAUUACUGAAAAGCCAAAUUAUAAAGAGAAAGAUAAUGUGAGGACAGCUUUUGUACAUUUUAUGACGUCUUUUCUAGUUGAUGGACACUUACCAUUGAUUAAAGCUCUGUUAGAAAAACAGGGCCUUCUAGCACUUGUCAUACCAGGUCUUAUCCAUGAUGAUGGUGAAGCAGUGUUGAUAUUUUUAAACAUCCUAAAAAAUAAUGUGAUAGACAACAGUUUUUUAUCUAAAAGUUUAAAACUAAAGACAUUCAGUCAUCAGGUAUUACACAACCUUUUCAAAGUGUUCUCAUGGAAAGGCCCUCAAGAAAUAAGUCAUGAAGUACGAAAUGAACUGCGGUCAGAAAUUGUGGUCCUCUUGUCAGAUAUGUUAUUGACUUUAUUUACAUCUCAUAAACUUGGUCUAUAUUUCAUUGAUAAUUCUUUGGGAACUGCUGAUGUUAACAAGAAUCAGAAUUUGUAUAAAGCAAUACUUACAUUAAAAAGACCUUGGGAGAAUGAUAAAGAAUGUGAAACUAUUCUACAUAUAGUUUACAAAUGUCCUGAUUUACACAGAGCUGUAAUUAACAUUGUGGAACAAAGUUUUGAGCCACAACAUUCACCUAUUUGGCUAAGAGCCAUUGAGUUUGUAAUAAAAUUGUUAGAUAAAUUAAAACCUGAACAUGUGGUCACAAAAAUGAUAAAUUUGUCUGCCUCCCAAGUAUCAAACUUUGUUCGGUUCGUAACAUUACCUGUGCCUUUGUUGAGGUCUGUCCAAGCAAAUCUUGGUAAAGAAUUGACAAUAUCUUUGUAUUGUAUAAAACUUCUAGUGAAAAUGCUACAAACAUUGAAUAGGUACUUACAAAUUUUGGGAAUGGCAGAUUCACAAACAGUGAUGGAUUUAAGAAAUAAAUUGGAUUAUUUCUUCCCAAAACACUUGCCACCACCCGCUACAAUAGUUGUUUUAAUUAAUAAUGUCAUAAAUGAUACAGAAACUGAAGAGGCGCCAAAGGAUUACAGACUUCCAAAACUGGAUAAAACUGAAUCAUUGAUAUAUCUUUUAGACUUACUGUUACUGUAUAAUGAAAUUAAGCCUGCCUUCUUUGAAACAUUGGAAGACAGUAUUGAUAUGAAACAAAUUUUAGAUUUUUCUAUGAGUCUGGACUAUGGAAACACACCACUUUUGAAAUUUAAAAUUGUUUCCUUAUGGUUAAUUAUGGACAAUUCUGCUGUGUCAAUAAAAAAUCCAAUGUUUAAAGAAUUGUUUCUUAUCAUGUUAGAAGUUUAUACAAGUGAUAAUGAUACUUGGAUUGAAGCAAAGCACACUCUGUGUAAUUAUUUUAAAAAUACAUCAAUUUUUGAAGGUGAUGAAGAUGAAAUACAUUUAAUACUAUAUUCAUUGCGUAAUUGUCAAAUUAAUCCAAUUUCAUUAAUAAGUGAUAUAGUGGAAUAUGUAUUAACCAAUCUUAAUGAAUUGACUGCUUAUGUCAGAAACCAAGUAGUUAACUUUGAAAUUUUAGAUGAAGGGAGUGAAUUAUCGUUAGGUAAAUUAUUCAAUGAUCUUAUGGAAGAUAAAAAUACAGAAGAUAGUGUCUUUUUGGAAAAUAAAACUCCAACUCCAUUUAUUGUAGGAUGUGUGCAAUAUAUACAAACAAAUAAAGGAGCAAAGAAAAAUUUGAAACAUUUUCUUUCUUUAUAUGUGGCUAAUUUAUUUCAUUGCAAUUAUUCUCCUGAGCUAACUGAAGUGUUACUUGGGGACUCUAAAUUAGAUGCUAGGAGUUAUAUUACGAACUGGGUGUCUCAGUCUGUGCCCAUACCCAAUACAAUUGUUGAAUCCGGUAAUACAUUGAAUAAAUUAUCUAAAUCUAUAUUGGAUAUUGAAAACAUUGCAUUAACUGAAAUAUUCACGUUUCUUGAACAAACUAGUUCAGAUGAAAAUGCUAUUAUUAUUGAUAAUGUUUGUUAUGCAGAUAAUACAGCUAAAAAUGUAGAUAAUUCUGAAAUCUUAAUAUGGGCAAAAUAUCUAAUAUUUUGUGUUGUAAGAUUAUCAAACAUGGGUCAACUACAAGAGAAUCAACAGAAAAAAAUAACACAGUACUUUCAAAUUCUGAUUGAUGUUGCCAAGAAACGGCAUAUGAUUGAUGUUUGUCAAAAUAUUAUCUUAUCAUUAUUUAAUAAUCCAUAUGUUCUAAAAAUUUAUAAACCUUUGGAUCUGAAGAAUAAUAUUUCUGACUUAUUGGCAACGCAUUUCCUUAUUCAGGUAUUAAAGCAGAAUACUGAUAUUGUGAAUAAUUUAGAAAAGAGACACAAAAUAUUAAAGUCCUACCAGCAGAAGAAUUGUAAUGAGCUUGUUAAAGCAUUUGUUAAAAUUAACAAAAGAAAAAACGUGAACAGUGAACAUACCUUAAGGGUACUGGAAAUAGUCGGAAUGUCUUAUGAAAAUGAUAUUCUGAUAUUCAGUAAAAUUUUUAACACUGAUAUUACUAAUUGUGUAAAAGACGAUAAAGAACCAAGCUUUGUGAUAGAAAUAUUACAAGCUCUAAUUGAUAAAUAUACACAAUCCAUUACUUUGGAACUUCAAGAGCAUAUUUUACGGAAAUGUAUUAAAUUAUAUACUGAAUUAUUAAUAAACAAAGAUAUGGUUAUAAAUCUUACAAACCUAGAAAGUUCAAUAAUAUGUUAUUUGGAGAACAAGCCUUAUGAGGCUACACAUUUACCGGAAGAUAUAUUUAAGAAAUUUUUUCAGGCAAGCACUAUUAGAAAGACCACGUCACACCUUGCUGCUUUGUUGCUUCAACACAAUCCAAAAUUUUGCAAUAGUUUUAAAGAAUAUGUUUCGAAACCAGAAAUAUUAAGUCAAAGAGAAUUAGCACUGCCCUUAGGUAAUGCUGUUUUAAAUCACAAACAAUUCUUAAUUGAUAAUAAAGAUUUCCUAACGACAGUUUUCAAUGAGUAUAAAUCUAAUAUAAAUAAGUUUUUAGAAAAACCUCACAAAGCUGGUCAAAUUUACAUCAACUGUUCACAGUUUAUAACAAAAUUAGUAAUGGAAUGUAUGGAUGUUCAAGAUUGCAUAAAAAUAUUUGGCAAAAGUCAUAAGUUUGAAGCUGUCGAAUUGAGUCAUAUAAAUUUAUUUCAAACUGUAUUUUUCAAAAUAUGUUUGAAUGAAGAAGGACGCAAGAAAGAUUACUUUAUUAACUAUCUUUUAUCAAUGUUACAUAUAGUAAUAGUAGCUUUAAAAGAAGACAAGGAAAGCAUUAUUUUAACAAAUAUUGUAUCUAAUGUCUAUAAUAUUAUUCAGUUGUGUAAAUCUAUAACAGUAUUUGAUUUGGAGCAGAAGGCCGGGUACCAGAAAAUUAUCGAAAGUUCAAUUUGGCAAAACUUUUGUAAAGGUGUUUUGAAAGAUUCUCUAAAAAUUAAAACUAUAGAUCAGGAAAGCACUGGUGGACCUCAGCUUCUGUUUUUGUUGAGUACACUAGUGAAACUGUUGUAUCCUGAAGAUCAUCAGGAUAUUGCAUUACUGUUUGAUAUGGUUACAUCACACUCAGAGUUUUUAAAUGUGAUGCUAAGCCAUCACAGUUCUGAGAUAAAGUCAAGAUUAGUUGACUUCUUAUACACGCUGAUAAAGACAAACAAAAGUGUGAUGAAAACUUCUCAAAUACCUGUAUAUUUAAGCGCAUAUCAUGCCACAAGAAGUCCCUGCGAUAGAGUUAUACUAGCGAUAUUACAUUUUUAUGAAGCUAACGGUCAGCCUAUUAAUGAAUAUAAACCUUAUGUAUUUGGUGAUUCAGCAGCAAAUUACUAUGCCGUCCGUAAAAACAGAUCGUCUACAUUGUGGGGACAUCCUACACCUAACAGAGUGUUAAAUUUAUUUGAUAAAGAAGUAAUAGAGUUGACAGUAAAAAAGUUUCCAAUUACACAAAAAUUAGAAUAUGAAUACAGCCUACCAGUAAAUAUUAACUCAAAUUAUGAAAGUUUGAUUGAUGUAUCUCUGAAAACUGCUUUGUUAGAAAUGAGCAAUAAUGGAAUAUUCAAGGCUAAAACAGUUAAAGACAAUGAAGGAGCUGUUAAUGCUUUAAUUCUAAAAGGUUUAUACGACAAGAUGAUUGUUGGGACUAAGGAUGAUGUAACAUCCGUAUCUCAUAUAGAUAGUGAUGAGAGCAUAUACGAUCCAGUUUUCCUGUUUCCACUCCUUAGCCAUCUCCUCGCUCCAGGGUCUGUAGCAUCGUGCUUCAAGAUAUUGCGAACUGGUCUCCUGUCCUUACCAGUAAUGGCUUUGAGUUCACAUUGUCCGUUAAUGCGUGCAGCAGCGUAUCAUGUACUCUACAGGUUUUGCAUGUUACUGGAAACAGAAACGCGGCACAAAAACGAUAAAUUAUUUCUCACUGAUUUCAUCAAUACACUUCGCCACAGUUUGUCUACAGCUAUAAAUAAUGUAAAUAACAAAGAUGAUAUUAUUCAAGAUUCAAAAAAUCCAAGAUUACCAGCAGUCGAUGCUCUUUAUUUGGCAAAAGCUCUUAUGGUGUCUACUGCGCCAUUCGACCCAAUGUACAAACCCGUCAAUAACUUUUUCAUAGCAAAACAGCUCAUUGAUUUGACAAUAGUACCAGACUUCUUAAAUCUUUUCCAUGACAGCGACGUCGAAUCGGCAGAAAGAAGAAUUUGGAUUCUAGAAGUCAUCAGAGACGGUAUAAAAACAAUGACAGAUGUAAAUGUAGUGUUCAAAACCAUGUGUUUAAAGAUGAUUAUGGACUUUUAUUCCUCUGUGCUGUGCGAUAGGAAGACGCGGGAGAGAAUUUUGGGCGUGUUGAGUUCUUUAGCGGCCAUACCGAGGGCUAUGGAGAUAAUGAUAUCCGGAUAUGGCUUCAUGUCGUGGUUGCAUUUUGCUGUAAAUAAUAUAGGUAAAGAAGAUAGAAAUGUAUUAAAAGGUCUAAUAAUUAUUAUUAAAAAUAUUCUAGAAAGUAUCGCAUUAAAUGGAUAUUACAAAACUCUUAACACUUCUAAAAAUGGAAAGAUUUUUAUAGAUUUAAAAAUAAAUAAAGAAUUAGAGCAUGAUAUAACGACUAAUUUGUAUACGUUAUUGCAAUAUACGAACUGUUUGGAACUGGAUGAUGUCGUGUCAUAUAUAGAUGUAUACUCGAUGCUGUCUAAAAGGAGUAUAAAGAUGUUGACACAGAAGCAAAUGUUGGUGUUAGUGAACAAGAGCACAAUGUCACUAAGGGACAGUGAAAGUGUUAAGUUGUUAACAAAAGCGUUAAUUCUAAAAGAUGCUAGUGUCUUGCGCAGUAAGAACAUUGUAAAUAUUGAUGUAACUGUUAAAGAUUGUUUAAUUAGAAAACUUACAAGUGUUGUACGUAACUAUGUUAGUUGAAAGUCAUGUUGGAGCGUGUUCAUUUCUAUGAAUGUUCUAAUAUUUAGUGAUGACAUAUUUUUACAUAUAAUAAAUUGUUUAAAUAUUA